UAAGGGCCCAGUACCGCGUCUGCACGGAAGCGGGAUAAGGAGUGAUACGUUUCUCACUGAUGUACGGAGCCAGUGUAGCCCGUGCGGGAAGUAGAUUUGGAACCGAACGAAGGCGCGCCGAGCUUACCUACACCAAGGGAGCGCCCUGGACGAUCGGAAGUGGGAGUCUCCGCUGGCUUCUCUAUGAUCAGGUCGGAGCACGAGUUCCCUUCGGCUUCCGGAAGCGGCACCUCCUAGUGGUCGCCAGUCUCAUCAGGCGCUGACAGCGACCGAAGUGCGACAGGCCGGUCUCCGUGUGCAGUGGUACUUUCUCAGCGAUGGCGCCUCAGGGCUCUGUGAGGAGGCGGGGUCAGAGUCCAGGUCUGAGUCUGAAUUGGAGCUGCAGCCGGAAGAGUUGAAAGAGGAAUUUGGGGUUGACCAGAUUAAAGUUUCAAGAUGUCAAAAGGUGAAGGGUUGUUUCCAAAUCAAAAGCACAGGUCUGUACCAGCUCACCAGGGAUAUCAUAAUGAUGAUCCGAGUGUGUAAGAUGUUCCGCCAAGGCCUCAGGGGAUUCCGGGAAUAUCAAAUCAUUGAGCCUGUUUACAGAAGAAACCCUAUCUUCUCCUUCUGGGAUAAAAAGAAGCAAGGCCGAAUUACGUUUGAUACCACGGACUUCAUUGCAGAAGAGGGUCACUUCCCUCCAAAGGCCAUUAAGAUCACGCAGAAGAAGCCUUCCUGGAGGGAGGAGCACGAGAUCCAGGUCCUUCGCAACAUCCUGCAGUCUCUGGAUAGCUUCCAAAACUACACAGAGCCCCUGCAGCUGCUCCUGGCCAAGGUCAUGCGCUUUGAACGGUUUGGUCGCAGGCGUGUGAUCAUCAAGAAGGGGCAGAGGGGCAGCAGCUUUUACUUCAUCUACUUAGGGACAGUUGCAGUGACAGAGGAUGAAGAUGGCAGCAGUGCCUUCCUAGACCCCCACCCAACAUUGCUGCGGAAGGGCAGUUGUUUUGGGGAAAAGGCUCUUCUGAAUACAUCCAUAAGGUGGGCCACCGUGGUCUGCAUGGAGCAGACAGAGUUCCUGGUUGUUGACCGGGAGGACUUCCUUGCUAAUAAUCUGGAUGAGGAAAUUCAAAAGGAUGCUCAAUAUCGAUUUGAAUUAUUUAGGAACAUGGAUCUGUUUCAGUCAUGGUCUGAUGAGAGGCUCUGGCAGCUGGUAGCACUGGGCAAGAUAGAGAAAUUCUCAUAUGGGCAGCUGAUCACAAAAGACUUGGCAGAGUCAUCCCGCAUCAUUAUUAUUUGCAAGGGCAGCUGUGAAGUCCUGCGGCUGAUAGACCUUGGGACGUCCCCUUACUAUUACAAGUGGAUCUGGCAGCAUCUGGAGUUGAUAGAUGACAAACCCCUGCAGGCUCACCUCAACGAACCAGAUCCUAUGGUGAGAUUUAAGGAAUUCCAGAUCAAAUCAUAUCCUGUACAGGACUUUAGCUCUUUGAAACUUCUGCAUCUCCAGGAAGCCAGGAAGAAACAGGAGAUAAGCUUCAGUGAACCAACCAAAACCUCAGGAAAUAGUCUCCCCAGGAUUCUGGGCCCAAAGAUCAAAUCCAAGUGUACUCAUUCAGUCAGAUGUUCCAUGCUCAAAACCAAGUUUGGUGAGCUCCCCAAGGAGGCAGCAGUGGGGGCCUACAUGAAAAUCCACACUGUGGAGCAAGGAGAAGUAAUGGGCUUUCACCAGGCCUUCUUUCCAGAGAACCAAUGUGACAUGCGACCCUUCAUACUGGUGAGCCUGGGAGCUGAGUUAAUACAGCUAAGGAGAGAAAAAUUUCUUGAAUUGGUUGAUGAUGAGACAAGAAAAAGAUUGACAGAGAUGGAGGUUGAAUAUCCCAGUGAUGAAGAACUGUGCCAGAAGUUCCUUAAGGAGAACAGCUGGAAUAUCUUUCGAAAGGACUUCAUGCGGCUGUUGGUAGAACCUCACCAACGACCUACAUUCAUCCCGAUCCCGCCCCAGAAGAAAGGGAUCUACAACCCUAAGUCUUUGGUCCUGGAUCUGCAUAACAUCAACAAGAUUAAACCACGUCAUCCCAUUUUUAUGGCACCCCGGAAAUACCUCCCCCCACUUAGGAUUGUCCAAGCCAUCUCAGCACCCCGGCACAAAAUCCAGUAAUUCUUGCCUUAGUAUAAGAAUGUGGGGGUCCUUCUUUAGAACUAAUAAAGGAUAUUGGA